AUGGCGUCUAGGCCCCCAUCGCAGCCCUCACAGGCAUGCUUCUCGCCGAGGAGUAUCCUAUACCAAAAUGAGGACCGCUCCGUAGUCCUCGUCGAUAUCCCCGCAUCUCUGGAGGAAAGCCAGUUCCCGCUGGAUCGCUGUGCUGAUACAACGGGACCCCAAAGACGGCUCCUCUCAGCCGACCCCAUCACCACGCCCUUUUGUGUGCCGGAACCCCGGGACCCCCCAACCAACAACCAGACGCCGGCGAGUCAACUCGCAGACCUAAUGAUCGAGGCGGCCGUGGGGAGCGCUCUUGACACGCUAGGGAAAGGCUACAGCGCGCCGUUCUCCCUCCCCCGUGUGACCGGUGGCGGCGGGAGAAGCAGCGCUACCAGCGGCAGCGAGUGCAGCAAGAAGAGCCUGCAGGAUCAUUCCGCAUGCCAAGAUACCGGGCAGGACACGUCUGCGGCUGCGGCAACGGCAGCGGCGCACUUUAUUCCUGAAGAGUCUACCCACCUGAAUGGCUCGAUCCAAGAGACUAGAGAGGCGUUCCUCUCGACCGCGCCCAGGUUUGAUCUUAUCGUCCUGGACCCCCCUUGGCCGAACAAGUCCGCGAGGAGGAAGACUGGCGGCUACUCCACCGUCUACGGUCUCAAGGAGACCCGGGCGCUUCUGGACCAAAUCCCCGUUGCCGGCCACCUCGCCGAGGGCGGCCUCGUUGCUAUCUGGGUAACUAACAAAGCCACUCUGGUAGACCUGCUCAUCUCGCCCAGGGGCAUUCUCGCUAGCUGGGGCCUCGAGGUCGCCGCCGAAUGGGUCUGGGUCAAGAUCACCACCCAGGGAGAGCCCGUGUUCGACCCCGGCUCCAUCUGGAGGAAGCCGUGGGAGAGGCUCAUCGUAGCCAGGAGAAGAGGGGACAACCGCAGGGUGCCGCAGAGGGUGAUCGCCGCGGUGCCCGACGUGCACUCUCGGAAACCAAACCUUCGUUACUUGUUCCAAGACCAGCUGCCCCGGGGGUACCUGGGCCUCGAGGUAUUCGCGCGCAACCUGACGGCGGGAUGGUGGGGAUGGGGCAACGAGGUGCUCCGUUUUCAAGAGUCCCGACAUUGGAUCGUGUGUCCGAAGCCAGAGCAGCGGGCUGAGCCGGAGAAAAGCGAGCUUGGCAAUACCAAUACCAAUUGA